AUGAGAGCCUUCCGACACUCGCUCACAGAGUGUACAGCCAAUCCAAAAAGGUCACUCCGCCCAGCCGUAGUCUCGUCCCGCCGAACUUAUGCUCAACCCGCAUUCGCACCCAAGCCGACAAUCGACAUUAAGCACAUCAGACAGAACCCAGGUCUCUACGAGCAGAAUUGUAUAGAUCGCAACUAUGGCGCGCAUAGCAAAUCAUCAUGGCGCAUCAUAGAACUACACGAGCAGUGGCUUGCCCUGCAGCAGAGCAGUCGUAGCUUGCGGGAGCGCAACAACCAGCUGCGAGCCAAGCUUGCAAGGGCAGCGGCGCAGGCCAAGAGCGGCGAUGGGCAGUCGGCUGCCUUGCAGAAAGGAACUAUUGCGGAUGCAAAAGCUCUCAAGGAGGAGUUGAGCUCUAUUGAAGCUCAGGAAACGCAGAUACAAGAUGAGAUUGAAGCUCUGGCGCAGGACCUUCCCAACUUGAGCAGUACGCACACUCCAGUCGGCGACGAUUUUGAAGUAGUCGGGUACAUCAAUGGGCAAUCUGAGAGCGAGGUGCUGCAAUGCCAGUCUCGAAAGUCACACGUAGACAUUGGACAAGAACUGGGCAUCCUCGACUUCUCGGGCUCGUCGCAAACGUCAGGAUGGGGCUGGUACUUUCUUGUCGGAGACGGAGCAAUGCUGGAACAGGCCCUGGUACAAUAUGCUCUGAGCGUCGCGCGGAACAAAGGGUGGAAAGCAGUGGCACCUCCUUCGAUUGUCUACUCACACAUUGCAGCCGCAUGCGGGUUCCAGCCGCGAGACCAGAACGGAGAGCAGCAAAUCUAUGCCAUUGAACAGUCUGAAAAAGACAAAGCGAAGCCCCAGUUAGCGCUUGCUGGCACCGCGGAGAUACCGCUUGCGGGCAUGUAUGCAAACCACAAGUUGGAUCAAGCACAGCUACCACUCAAGACGGUCGGCGUCAGUAGAUGUUAUCGUGCUGAAGCGGGGGCAAGAGGCGCCAAUACCAAAGGCCUGUACCGCGUUCACGAGUUUACAAAGGUUGAAAUGUUUGCUUGGACACUACCUGACCACGCGGGCGAAGACUACUUUGCUGCCCAGCCAGCAUCAAGUUCUGAAGCAGUCUUUGACGAGAUGCUGGAGAUACAAAAAGAGAUCUUGGAGGCGCUGGGGCUGCAAUGUCGCAUCUUGGAGAUGCCGACUACAGAUCUCGGGGCGAGUGCUACGAGGAAGCUGGACAUUGAAGCCUUGUUCCCCUCACGACGAGAAAAGGACCAAGGCUGGGGCGAGGUGACGUCAGCUUCAAUGUGCACGGAUUACCAGAGCCGUCGGCUUCAAACGCGAGUGCGCGUCAAGGGCAAGCUCGAGUUCCCCUACACGGUCAAUGGAACUGCGCUUGCUGUGCCGCGGGUGCUCGCAGCCAUCCUGGAGAACCACUGGAACGAACAGGAGCGCACUGUGACGAUACCAGAGGUGCUGCGACCCUUUAUGGGUGGACAGGCAAAGAUUGAAGCACAGCCCUAG